AUGUUUUUAGUGGAAUACAAUGAUUCUUAAGAGGCUUAUGAAGAUUUGUUAGAGACUAGUGGAUUAAAUCCAGAAAAAUUUAGAGAUAUAAUGUUGAAUUUAUUGAAAAGAACUUUGCUUAAUAUUAUUCUGUUAAAAAAAAAUGGAAAUCCAUCUUUAUAUUAAGGAUAAAGUAAAGUAUACAAGGAAUAAGCUAAAUUAAAAGAAGUCUCCCUUGAAUAGGUAGAUGUAGCCUAUAUUUAAUUAUAUGCUUUUUUAUUUGGAGCUUUAGGUAUUAAUGAUAUUGUGUCCAGUUAUGCAGAAAUUGCUGAAUUUUUCAAUUAUAAAACUGAUGCAUCAUUUCUUAUAUGUAGAAUAGCUUAAUCUGAUUAUGAUCUCUAUUAAUGUGUAGGUGAUAUGUUUGGAAAUGUUAUCCCAGACCAAUUUUAAAAAGGAUUAAAUAAAUUAUUCCAAACAAUCUUUUUUGCUUAAUCAUUUUAUCAAGAAAAUCAUCUAAGAGAGCUUUUAAAAAAAUUCAGUUAUGAUAGCAGUCUAGAUUUAUAAUAAACAAUUUUAAGUUCAUGUGAAUUAAAUUAAGAUAAUGAAUAAUUAUAAUUAAAAAGAACACUUUUACCUGCUUAAUAUGAACCAGUUUUUGCUGAUUUAGUAUUAGAAUUAAAAGAAUAAAUAACAGAGAAAUUAUAAACUUAAAAUGAUAAAUAAUCUUAAUUGUUUGGCACUGCUCUAGCCCACGAGUUAAAUUAGUUAAAUUAACAUAAAUCAACUUUAACAUAUAAAAGAUUAGCUAUAUUGAAAGCAAUUGUUAAUGACAAUGAGUAACAAAUACUUAAAAAAAUUGUAAAAGAAAUUCAAAUUUAAUAUGAAAUAGAAUAUGGAGAGGGAUAGGGAUAGGGAAAAAUAAAGAAUAUUUAAACUAUUUUGGAAAAUUACUCUGUUUAUAUUAAUUUAGUUUUUUUAUGUAAUAAAAAUUUUCAGAAUCAAUUUGAAGUCAUCAAAAAUAAUUUGUAAAUAAUUUUCUAAAUAAUUUAUUAAAUGAUUACAAAUACAAAUUUAAAUUUAACAACUAACAGUAUUUUAACGAUUUUUGCAAAAUAGCUCGAUGAAACUUUAUGUCUUGAUGCUUUUUAAAGUGAUGCUUUUAGAGCAUGUAGGUCUUAAAUAAAAAAAACUUAGUAUUUUCAAAAAUUUAACAAUAUGGGAAAAAACUUUUAAAAUUAAAUUGUAGAUAAUCAUGUUGAAAUGGUAAAAGAAACUUGUUCUUUAUGUUAAUUACAAUUUGAAAAAGAUGAAAUUUAAUAUAGAGCUUUAUUGAUUUCAAAUUCAAAUGUUCACACACAUAUUUAAAUGAUUCCUUUACCUGCACAAUAAACUUAAUAAUAUGACUUUUUCCAAAUUGUAUGUUCAUGUUGUUAGCAUACUUUUCAUAAAGCAUGUUUACAAUAAAAUGAAUAAAAAUAUGUUUUAGGUGAAUAUCAAUAUUUAAGAUGUACUAUUUGUUUAUUCCCAUAUAACUUUCCAUUUGUUAGUCCAAAAUAUAUUAAAGAUACUGAUGAUAAGAUGUUGGCAGAAAAUUUGGAUUUUUUUUUAUAAACCUUACCAGAUAAGAAAAUAAUGGAAUAUUAUGCAAAAUAUUAAGAGGAAGAUGAUUUUAAAAUUUUAAAAGUUUUAGAUGAAAUUUUUUCUUCAGUUCUUUGCAACUUAUUGUUUUAAUUAUUGAGUGAUAUAACUAAAUUUAAAUAGUAAAACACUCAAAUAUUAUUAUAAGAUGUUUUGGCUUUAUUAAGAAUAAUUUAUCAAUAAAAUAAAACUACUAUGUUAUAAUAAUUGGUAGAUGAUAAUAAAAGUAAGAUGCUGUAUGGAAUUUUAAAUUUAUUAUUACAAUUUUAAAUUAAAGAAAAUAAGGUAGAUAAUCUUAAGUCAGGAUUAAAUUUCAUUCUUUCUGAAAAUGGGAAUUAAUAUGCUAUUGUUGAAGCUUUAACUUAAAAUGAAAUUAAUUCGAAUUUUGAUUAAAAAGCCCUACCAUAUAAUAUCGAAAAAGUAAAAUCUUAACUACGAUAAGAUUUUUUAUAAAAGUUUUAAUUUAAUUUUAAAGAUUUUUUAUUAAAAUAUUACUUAGCACCAUGCAAAAAGAAAAAUUGCAAUUUUUUACCAUUAAAAAGAAUAUAAGGUUAAGAGCAAUGCUAAUAUUUAUGUUUGAUUUGCUUUAAAAAGAUGUGUAGUCAAUUUUGUGGUUAACCAUAAAGAGUAAAUAUUUUUAUUUUACAUAGAAAAAAAUUGGAAAUUUAUCCAGACAUUGUUACAAAAGACACUUUGGUAAGACUUUGUAUCUAAAUUUAAGAAACAGUUAAAUAAUUAUAAUGAAAUCACCAUAUAUCACAAUCCAUAAAAAUCCCUUAUUUAAGAAUUUAAUCGGAGAAUUACCUUACAUUGGACAUUAUUAAUCAAGUUAUUAUGAAAAGUUCAAAUUAAAUCUUAAAGCAAUAGAUUAAAUUAUUGAAAUUAUUAUUGGAGAUUAAUAUGUUCAUAGAUUUUUUUCAAACAUCCAGAAAGUUUAAAGAUCUACUUUGUGA